AUGGAUAGCGAGUCUGGACUUUUGUCGGAUGUCAGAGGUAGAGGUUCAGUGUUGCCGGACAAAACCAAAGGUGACAUCCAACUGACAGACCUUCCCAUCACUCCGGAAGCAGAAGAGCCUUCCAGUCUAGACAGUGAUUUCAAUGGACGUGUCAUUGCCAGAGCCAUCAGGUUCAGGCUGCAAUCCACAAUAUCCUCCACCACUCCGACAGGUGCUGGAGAAGAAAUUACGCCUCUUGAAAUCACUCUGACUUUGCUUGUUAAGAAGCCAGGAGAUAGCGACUUCACGCCCGUUUUGGAAGGGACACUACUCAAAAGAAGAGUCACCCUUGACAGCGACUUGCCUGAGAGACUGCUGCUCCCGAGCGAUGACACAGCUCUGAAGGGCAUUGAGCAGUUGCGUAUUGAGUUCCAAACUGUGACCGGUGGUGAAUCAGCAAGACUGCAAGUGGAGGUUCUGGGAUGUGCAGAAGAAUACACAACAACUGAAAUGACCACUAAAGUCACCACUGUCACAACACCGACAACAACUGUCAGCGAAGAAACAACAAGCUCCCGAACCACGACGUCACAAAUGUCAACUACUCCAGGUUACUGUCUAGAGCCCAUGGAUGGGGAAAAGGGACUUGAACCUGAAGUUAAGGCGGCUGGAGAUCUCACAAUUGAUAGUCAGACCUCCUACUUGACAAUCACCCAGUUGCCAAUUGACCCAAGCUCAAGUGAUAUCCCCAGCGUAGAGCUCCUCUUCCGUCAACCCAUCAAGGUCACAGCAGUAGUCUUAGCCUCGCGUUCUCCUCAAGCAACAAGUGCACCCACGGGUCAGCCAGCAGCAAGCACAACCACAUCCAGGACUGCUGCAGGGGAGAGGCUGACUGAGGUCACCCUCACUCUGUCCACCAAGAAGCCCGACGAUGAUGAAUUCACUACACUGGUUGAUGAUAACACCAACCAGCCCAAGUUGAUAACUGUCCGUCUGGAAGGAGACCAACCCGAAAUCAAGUACUUGCCGAUAGAUGAAGACACACUGGAUGGCAUCACUGAACUGCGCGUACAAUUCCAGUCUGUCAGUGACGAUGACGCAACAACAUUUGAGUUACAUGUUCUGGGUUGCAUCAAAGAAUACACCACUCAGCCGACGACAAGAACCACCAGUGUCACCACCACUCUGAUAACCACGACUCCUCCCUCAUCAACAACCCAAGGGUACUGUCUGGAAUCCAUGGAUAGCGAGUCUGGACUUUUGUCGGAUGUCAGAGGUAGAGGUUCAGUGUUGCCGGACAAAACCAAAGGUGACAUCCAACUGACAGACCUUCCCAUCACUCCGGAAGCAGAAGAGCCUUCCAGUCUAGACAGUGAUUUCAAUGGACGUGUCAUUGCCAGAGCCAUCAGGUUCAGGCUGCAAUCCACAAUAUCCUCCACCACUCCGACAGGUGCUGGAGAAGAAAUUACGCCUCUUGAAAUCACUCUGACUUUGCUUGUUAAGAAGCCAGGAGAUAGCGACUUCACGCCCGUUUUGGAAGGGGACACUACUCAAAAGAAGAUUUUCAGAGUCACCCUUGACAGCGACUUGCCUGAGAGACUGCUGCUCCCGAGCGAUGACACAGCUCUGAAGGGCAUUGAGCAGUUGCGUAUUGAGUUCCAAACUGUGACCGGUGGUGAAUCAGCAAGACUGCAAGUGGAGGUUCUGGGAUGUGCAGAAGAAUACACAACAACUGAAAUGACCACUAAAGUCACCACUGUCACAACACCGACAACAACUGUCAGCGAAGAAACAACAAGCUCCCGAACCACGACGUCACAAAUGUCAACUACUCCAGGUUACUGUCUAGAGCCCAUGGAUGGGGAAAAGGGACUUGAACCUGAAGUUAAGGCGGCUGGAGAUCUCACAAUUGAUAGUCAGACCUCCUACUUGACAAUCACCCAGUUGCCAAUUGACCCAAGCUCAAGUGAUAUCCCCAGCGUAGAGCUCCUCUUCCGUCAACCCAUCAAGGUCACAGCAGUAGUCUUAGCCUCGCGUUCUCCUCAAGCAACAAGUGCACCCACGGGUCAGCCAGCAGCAAGCACAACCACAUCCAGGACUGCUGCAGGGGAGAGGCUGACUGAGGUCACCCUCACUCUGUCCACCAAGAAGCCCGACGAUGAUGAAUUCACUACACUGGUUGAUGAUAACACCAACCAGCCCAAGGUAUUAAUACAGCCGUGUUAA